AUGAAGCGGCGCUGGUACGGGCUUGACUACGGCAAAUGCUCUGUUCAGGAGCUACACGAUUUCAUCAAAGCAAAGACCGGGGAACAGAUGCCUCUCGAAAGUGCGAGUGGAAAGGCGCGCCCGAAGGUCACCUUCAUCAACAAACUCCGAAGUAUCGAAUUGAGCGCGACAUUCCGCUUCAUGGACCUUCCGCCCGAAAUGCGAAAUCUCAUCUACGAGCACCUUCUCACGCAUGAUGGCUCCCGUGGACGCACCGCAUCCACCGCCAUCCUGCGAACUGACCGUGAGAUCUACCGCGAAGCUCACGGUAUCCUGAUGGCAGAAAGCGUGUUCAUGUUCAAGGCCCGCUUCAGUCCAUUUAGGCACAGUAGGUAUCAAGGUUUCGCUGCGCUGUCAGGCGAUACUGGCAAUAUCUUUUAUUGCCAAUCCGAGGACUACCAACCCAUCCUUGAAAGGGGGCUGAAGCGAGCUUAUGGUGCACAAAACUUCAUUGUUGCUCUCCAAAUCAGGACUCUGGACAAUUUGUUGACAGCUGGGAGUACAAGCACAAUGGUUGAAAAGCUCCUCGAGACGUUCUGCAAGGUCUAUGUGCGGGUAAGGAGGGUUACGAUCGAGCUCGAAGUGUUGCCUUGUCCCUCCUCAUCAUUGAAGCCCCGCCCAAAGAUUGCACACCUAUUGAGGCCUCUUCUGCAGCUCUCCGAGGACUGCACGCUCAAACUGAAGGGUCUCACUGAGCAGGAGGAGAAGGACUUCUGGGCAUUGGGCGGAGAGAUGUGA